AACAUUGCAUCCACUGGGUACCACAACAAUAGACCGCAGCAUCGAGUCCAGACAAAACUGGCCUUGCAUCAUGCUCUCAGUUGCACAGGACUGCGUGAGGCUGUGAGUACCGUCGUGAUUUAUUUCACGGGGUACCACCACGGCCACGGAGGAACCUUCUUGCGACUGUUUGGGCUCUCCAUCGAGUGGGGAAGAUGGCCGCUAUGAAAAUAUUAACCAGCACAGGGCUCUUCUUGGCGUUCUGUGCAUUAGGGCUGCUCGCCAUGGCGAUUUGCACCGACUAUUGGUAUGAGACCGAUGCGAGAAGACAUCGAGAGAGGUGUAAAAACUAUGCCAAUAAGCGAAACGAUCCAGGGUACAUCUACAUCUCAAAUCACAACCUCCCCCUCCAAAUGCCUCCAAAGAGCGUGCAGAGGAAAGGUAAUGGCCCAGAUGCUGGUGCUCUCGUCAGGGAGAAACGGCACUUUCUGGCCGCAGCGUCAGCCAUGGAGUCUCAUUGCAGCCGCCAGUUUAACUCCACCAUCUCCGGGCUUUGGAGGAAGUGUCACCGGCAAGGAUUCGACCUGGAGACCGAGGACCUUAUUUACAAAGGAAUAAUCCAGCGAUGCACCCCAGUCAAGUAUCACUACUCUUCUUCGAUCCUCCCACGGAAUUUACCCAUCAACAUGACAAAAACCAUACGGCAGGACGAGUGGCAUGCACUCCAUCUAAGAAGAAUGACGGCUGGCUUUGUGGGCAUGGCUGUGUCCAUCAUUCUUUUUGGCUGGAUCAUUGGAGUGCUGGGAUGCUGCCAGCAGCAUGACCUCAUGCAGUAUGUAGCUGGGCUACUCUUCCUCAUGGGAGGAACAUGCUGCAUCAUCUCGCUGUGCACGUGUGUGGCAGGAAUCAACUUUGAGCUGUCCCGCUACCCCCGCUACAUGUAUGGUCUUCCCGAGGACAUUAGCCAUGGCUAUGGCUGGUCUAUGUUUUGUGCCUGGGGGGGCCUCGGCCUCACCUUGCUGGCUGGGUUCCUCUGCACCUUGGCCCCCUCCCUGAGCACGCCCACUCGCACAGCAACCCACAAACCAAGGCAAGAGAAUGGAACCGUGUGAUUGGACCGAGGCAUCAUCGAGAGACUGACCCACCGAACGCACAAAGCACACCCCUCCAACCUUGAUGUUUAACUCGGAAAACAAUCUUUGUCUAAUCACCAUCUCACGCCGCCCUCAACAUCGCCAUCCCUGUCAGUGUUUGGUGUGCCUGAGUUGUGACAGAAGGAGUGAGUAUUGACAGACUUCACAAACCUAUUCCUGAAGUCCAUGAGGGACCUCCAGGAACACACAGAGUAACACCUACAGUGUGGGGCAUGGGUCUCAUAGCACAAACAAAACUUUUCUUUUGUUCAAACUUUUGACUUAUGUGGUAACUUUAUGGCCUAAAAACGACUGUUUUCUCUGAAGAGAAUUUGUCUUAAAAUGGUGCUCUCUUUACUGCAUACACCACGUGCACAUACUCUCUCAUGCACACAUACACACACACACACACACACACACACACACAUACACACACACGCACUACUACUACAUGCACUUCCACACACCCAGUAACUGUUGAAAAAAAAAUCCUCCAAAAGGAACUAGUCCACACACGAGACAUCAGGCCAGAGCAUCCUGUCAGCAUUCCUCUUUCAGUCGAGUGGUGUGUGCUGUGUUAUUGUUCGUAAUAAUGAAAAAAAAAAAAAAAAACUCUGGCAUUAACUGCCCAUUGUUUAUCUUUAGAAUAGCACACUUACUGAUAUCAAGCAUUAGCCCCUGGAAAGACUUCUGCAACCUCUGCAGAGCACAAAAAAUGGCACUAGCACGGGUGGACAGUAAGAUAAAAUAAACAGAACUAAAUUUGCAUUGAAAAGCAAAUCUUUUGAUGCUUCUUUAAAGAGUCUCUAUGUACAAAUGCAUCUCUACGUAGAUUCAGGUCAUUAUUUGUGUGAAGUAGAUCUUGAAUAAGAAUAUUUUUUGUUUGUUUUGUUUUGUUUAGGGUAACAACAGCUUGCAGUAUGGGAAUAUGUAGUUGUGUGCAGAGUUUGUCUUCACUGCUUUGUGCAUUGAGGAAAAAAAAGAGCAACAGGAUAGUGCUGCCGGUGGGCACAUAGUGCAAAGUGAAAAGAACUGAUGAGUGAAAGAAAGCACCGAAAUGCUAACUGCUGACUGUGGCAAUGUGGUACUUUAUGUGCUGUUACUGCUAUGAAAGACCUAGAGUUGUUUGCUGACAAGUAUUCCCUAAUCUGGUAUGAACAACACAGGAAAUCAAACUGUGAGGGAAGUGUUUGAUUUGUUGUUGACCCUUGAUGUCGGUCAGCGUUUUUUUUGUGAUGUUCACAAAACAAGUAACUGUGGAAAAAUUCAGUUUUUCUAAAUUCUGUGAUCCCGCUAAAACAAAAGCACAAGUUGCAUUCAGGAUCCUCAUGUAUAGGUAACACAGAGUUACAUCACACUCUGGUAGACGGCCAAAGUGCCAUCCUGUCUCGACUAGCUCAGUAACAACUAAUAUGGAAACAAUCAGCACAGGUCUGUGGAAAACAAACGCCAUAUGGGAAACAUAAUAACUUUUUUUUUUUUUUUUUUUUUUUUUUUUAAUGUGAGAGGUUUACAUAGCACAUUCGGUAAAAGGCUCAUGACGCAUUUCUUGACACAUGUAUGAGCAAUCAACAUGUGUAACAGACUGACUACAUAUCAGAUUUCAAGUCUUUGGAGACUCACUCAAUAGAUGCUACCGGUUGCAAGCUAUUCCAUUCUUCUGCACUCGUGCCAUUCAAACUAAGGGGUUUAUGUUCUCAAAUCCUCCAUAGAAAAUAAUACUUAAGCCCUGCUAUUCACUGCAGUUGCUUUUUCCAGUAUGACCCUCUCUAUAUUCCAUUAAACUGAAAGAUUUUUGAAAACUGAGCGAAGCAGAGAGGAUCUAUGUUCGCAGAAAGGAAUAGGGGAGGCAAUUUGCUUGCGACACACUUGGAUGAUGAUGACUCAUACCAGCCAUUUUUCUGUUAGGCAAAUUGGAUUUUUUUUCCCAGUAGGGGUGACUUUUAUUUGGAAAUCCACUACAUAAUCAUAUUACAUAAUUCUUUUACAGUACAUACAUGCAUAAUAACGCUAUAAUGUUGAUUGUUCAUUUAGGAAUGAGUCAUGAAAGAUGUCAUCGGCUGUGUGAACAAACUUACUUGGAAAAAAAAGGUGUUACCAUUUGUGUUAACAACACUGUGUGUGUGUGUGUGUGUGUGUGAUAUUCUGUCCCUUCACCGUCAGCACGAGCUCCUCCAAGGCUCCCAGUUCCAGUAAAGGGGAUGAAUUAUCUAAGACAUGGUUGCAGUCUGUAUCUCCAAUGUCUUGUCCAGCCUUUGCACUGCUCUUGAACGGUGGUUUGAGCAGCAUUUGUGUUGUUAUACAUGAUUGUAAAGGCCACGUAUGGGAGCAAAAAUGGUGAGAAGAGUGUGUAAUAAGCACCUGGUUGUGUCUUUCAUGAAGAGAGAAACUUCUGUGGGGUCUGACCAUUUUGUACAUUUGGGGUUUGUCUGUCCGGGCUCACAAAGUGAAAAUAUUUGUGCCAGCAACUAGGUCAUGAAUGAAUAUGUAGUUACAUUGACUCCUGAGUCAGUGUAUUUUCUUACAUCCUACAAUCCACAACAUGCAAUGCUAUUUGGUGUUUUGGUUUUAUACAACGGUUAAGUUAGAGCAUUCUAACACCCAAAGUGACAUGCAGUAACAGGAGUAUUACUGUAAGCUGCAAACAGUCAUUUAUAUGUACUGGGUGCACCUAACAAACAUCUAUUAUUAGGACUAAAGCACAAUUGCACACACCGAAGUUUUUUCUUUCUGUACUGGCGAUACGAUCCAACAGUCUUCUUCACGAGUACCAAACUAACAAUGUGCCACCACUGCAUAUGUGCAGAACUUUAUCAAAGGUUAUUUAUAGAAAUAAAGACAAUUACAAAGCACAUAUUUGUACCCCCAUAUCUGAAAUCGUCAAUUUCAUCAGAUGCAUGGGAGAUUGCACCUAAAUAUGACCAAGCUUGGAUGUUAAAACAAGCAUUUCCUGAUUGAUUAAAAGGGGGUACAAUACCUUGGUACAGUAGCACACUGUAGCAAGGUUACAGAAAAAAAAAAAAAAAACACAGUGGCAGAGAGAAGGAAUGAAGUCAGCACAAUGUAACCAUGUAUGCAAAUGUGUAGUGAGCUCCCUCUCAAAUGGCAACUUCCACUGUUUCAUGAGGAACUUAGAAAUGCACUCAGCGUGCAGUGACAGACGCCCUCUGAGAUGCCACCAUUUAAAGUGGCACUUCUUUAAGUAGCACAGCUAUUAUUUUCUACAAGUCAUUUAUACUGGCUCAAUCCACUGCGGAUGCUAUACGGGGGCUAAAAGAAAAAACAAAUAAUAAAAAAAAGACAUUAUAGUCUUGCAUGAUAUCAUUACAGUUAGUUUCUUUCAAUAUAUUAAAACUUGUGUCCAUUUUUAAUUUAUUUAUUUUACUGAAAUAAAACAUGUAAUUACUAUUGUA